AUGAAAAUCAUUAAUUUCUCUACGAUAUGUUCCACCGAAUGUGAAUCAACGAAAAUUCGGUGGACCAUGUGAAAUUCAAUUUUAUACAACAAUGAAAUCUGUGUACAAAUUGUUCUUUCUGUGCCUUAUCUUUGUUGCUCUGAUCAUAUUACUUAAUUUGACCAAUUUUUCCAACAAAAGCUACGAUGCGCCCACCAAAGAAGCCUCCAUUUCAUCUACCAUCUCCAGAAAAAUUCAACCAUCCUCUAUAACAACAGGGGAAGUAACAAUAUGUGUAGUGGUUUGUGGGGACAGAGUGGAUGAAGCACUAACCAUGCUCAAGUCUGCCUUAGUUUUCACAAAAAGAGCCCUACAGUUCAUCAUUCUAGCAGAGACCAACUUAAUCCCUGCCUUCAAUGAAAAGUUAGCAGAAUGGAAGCUUCUGUCCAACAAAACCUUUGACUUUGUGGUCAAACCCAUCACAUUUCCUGAGGGCAGUGAUGCAUCUAUGUGGAAAAAAUUGUUCAAGCCAUGUGCAGCUCAAAGAUUAUUUCUACCAGCAGUGUUGAAUGAUACAGAUGCAGUUCUGUAUGUGGACACAGACACAUUGUUUCUAGCUCCUCCAGAGAAAGUCUGGGAUGAAUUCAAGAAAAUGAACUCCAUCCAAUUGGCAGCACUCAGUCCAGAGCACGAAGACCCAAACACAGGAUGGUACAACAGAUUUGCCAAACAUCCUUAUUAUGGCAAGCUGGGUGUGAAUUCUGGAGUGAUGUUAAUGAAUCUGACCAGGAUGAGGGAGUUCAGGUGGAUAGAGUAUGUGAUACCUAUCCACAAGGAGUACAAGCUAAAGAUAACUUGGGGAGAUCAGGAUAUAAUAAACAUUAUAUUCCAUUAUCAUCCUGAGAAACUGUAUGUGUACUCUUGCCGAUACAAUUACAGGCCUGAUCACUGCAUGUACAUGCCAGUGUGCACAAAGGCUGAGAAAGAAGGUGCUCUAGUAUUACAUGGAUCCAGAGGAACAUUCCAUUCACAGAAACAGCCACCAUUUAAGGCCAUCUACAGGGCUAUGCAGGAGUAUCAACUGAAUACAGAUGCUUACGACUAUUUAUUGGUGCCAAUGAGAAACUACCUAGCCCUGGAGCAUAAGUCUAACUGUGGCAAAGUGUGGAAAGUGUUCAUCAUUCAGCCAGAAUUACACCUAGGACAGCAAUAA